CCCGCCCAGCCACCACGCAGCCAUGGCCCCGUGGACGAACGUCGAGGAGGCGCUUGGUCUCAAGGAGAUGGUGCGCAACCGCGACCUGUGGAAGGCGCUGCUGGCCGAGUUCAUCGGCACGCUGCUGCUGACGCUCAUCGGCUGCCUGAGCACGAUCGGCUGGGCCGACGACGGCUACAAGCCGUCCAUGGUGCAGAUCGCGCUGGCGUUCGGUGUCACCGUCGCCACACUGGCGCAGAGUAUCGGCCACGUGAGCGGGUGCCACAUCAACCCGGCCGUCACCGCCGGCAUGCUGGUGGCCCGUCAGGUCAGCCUGAUGCGGGCCGUCUUCUACGUCCUGGUCCAGUGCAUCGGAGCCAUCGUCGGCUCAGCGCUCUUGAAGGCUCUCACCCCGGAGGAAGUGCAGGGAUCGCUGGGCAUGACGACCAUCAACCCCAAGCUGUCCGCCUUCCAAGGCUUCGGUGUCGAGCUCUUCAUCACCUUCGUUCUGGUCUUCGUCGUGUUCGGCGUCUGCGACGAGAGCCGCGAUGACGUCAAGGGUUCGGCGCCGCUGGCCAUCGGACUUUCCAUCACCGCUUGCCACCUGGGCGCCAUUAAAUACACGGGCUCCUCGAUGAACCCGGCUCGGACCUUCGGCCCCGCCGUCGUCACCGGCACCUGGGCCAACCACUGGGUCUACUGGGUGGGACCGAUUGUUGGUGGAAUCCUGGCCGGGCUCGUCUAUACGCAUGCCUUCAGGGCACGCCACAUGAGCGUCGAGUCGGUCGAGCUGACCGAAGUGAAACCCCAGAUGUCGAGCAAUAAGUAAACCAAGGUUUACUGGCUCGGCCCGCUGAUGGGUGGGUGCCUGGCUGCCAAGAUCUACAAGGACAACUUCAUGGCUGCCAGGCUGUCUCCAGCCGACUACAGCCGCGUGCGAUCGCAGACAUCGGAGGGCCCUGCCACGACCGAGAUAGUGCAAACCAUC